AAUUCUCUUCUCAGAUCAAACCCCCCUAAAGCCGUGGAUGGAGAUUUCUUCUGUUUCUGCAAAUUAAUUAUUAGAAUGGCGAGAAUCAUCAAAAAAGCUGCUGCAUCUUUAACCCCAGUGUUGCUGGCGUAUACGAGGAAGACCCCUCUUAGAAAUUACAGCACUUCAUCAUCCAUAAUCAUCAACCCCAAAUUGAAGAACAAGAGUACCAGUCUAAUCUACAGACAAGAUCUGCCUUUAAAUCUUCAGUUGUUCUCUUCUACCGCUGAGAAUAAUAAGGGACCGUCCGUAUGUCCUGAGGUGAAAGCUGAAGAUCUUCUUCACAAGGUUGUGCAGACACCAAGUGAUUUUCCCUUCAAAAUUGAAGAUACACCAGGAAAGCCAACGGUAACAUUGACUAGAGAAUACCGGGGUGAUGAUAUCAAAGUCAUUGUUCACAUGCCUGCAGGUCGUUCCUCUACUGUCGAAGAAAGAGGUGAUGAAUCGGAUAACCAGAAUCACGACCAACACAAGGAUAGUGUAGGUGAUCCACAGUCCAGCAUUCGCCUAGUUGUAUCUCGUAUGAGUUAUUUUGGGACUACUUUGGAGUACGGUGUCAUUGCUUAUCCAGAUGACUUUUCGAUAGACAGUUUCUGUAUCAAGUACGCAAAUGCUCCAGAUGAAGAAAAUAUCUAUUACAGAGGACAUGACUAUGCGAAAUUGGAUAAGAACUUGCAGAAAGAAUUCCAUAGACGUUUAAAGAUCAUAGGGAUCAUACCCAGCACCACUAACUUCUUACAUGAGUACAUGGCUAACAGAGACAUGUGCCUGUCAGAUUCAGCCAGUUCGCCUCCUCCUACUGAUCGAUCUCCCACUGAAUCCAUCCAAUCAACAUUGAUUAAUGAUGAAGGGAUUCCCGCCGACAUUGCAGUUGAAAUUUUUAGACAAAAAGGACAUCCACUUGUCAGUGCUGAGGAUAUCCGCAACAGUGGAAAGAAGCACAAAGACUUCAUUUGGAUUCCGUAUCCAUAUACUCGUAGUGAGAAGCUAUUGUGGAUUGAAGUUCCUAGCAGGGGUUUCUUCGCUUCUGAAAGUGAACAACUAUUUGAAAUUGAACAAGACCUUGCUGAUCAACGUCGUGAAGAUUUAUUAUUCCUUGAUGGUGAAGCUGACAAUCCCUAUAGAUGUUUACCUCCUAAAGAGUUCGGGGAUCCCCCUGUUUUUUCCGAAGAGAUGGAUAAUAUACUGUAUCCUGAUUUGAAAUAUACGGAAGUUGCGUCUGUUUCUGAUUUUGUAGAGGGUUGGGAAAAACUGGGUGCUGCUCUAAAACCAUACCAUGAUGAGAUGGAUAAAAUAAAGUAUCCUAAUGGACGUCCGCCUGUUGUUGAAAUGAGUGAUUUAGAACGUGAACAUUAUCAAGUAUAUUGUAUGUAAACUUGUGAUAAAUGGCUCGCCAUUUCUACAUUUUUAUUCUUAACUUUUUACCAACUCAUUAUUAUAUUCACUCGAUGUUUGUAUGCCCAAAUAAUCAACCUUUAUUCUUGGAAAACUUCCCAAGUUUCGAAAA